AUGCUAACAGGGCCUCUACUUAUAUUGCAGUUCAUAUUUAUGAGAAGUAAAGCAAAGUCUUCAACAAUGGCAAAUGUGUCUAUGGUCUUCACCAUCCAUGACUUUGUUCUUGUAGGACUCAAGGAGAUGGAGCAUCUAAGAUAUUUCUACUCUGUGGUCGCUCUUGUAUUAUAUCUCAGCACAAUGUUCUUAUGUACAUUAAUUGUGUAUGUUGUAUGGGCAGAAGAAUCCCUCCAUGAUCCUAUGUACAUCUUCAUAUGUAACCUGGUGGGGAACGUCAUGGUUGGCAGCUCAGCAUUCCUCCCCAAGCUGACCAUAGACUUGUUCUCCGGAUGUACCACCAUCUAUCUGUCAGUAUGUCUGACCCAAGCAUUCUUUAUUCAGAGCUUUGCUUCUGUAGAGAUACUAACUUUUACCAUCAUGGCCAUUGACAGAUAUUUGGCUGUUGGUUUUCCAUUGAGAUACCACUCUCUGAUGACCAAUAAGAAGGCUCUACAGUCCUUGGCUAUCAUCUUGACAGUGAUUUCAAUAUGUGUGCUAAUAAGUGUCUUGUUAAUAGUCAGGUUAACACUGUGUGGUAAUAUCAUCAAUAAUGUCUACUGUGAAACAAUGUCUCUUACACGGUUGGCUUGUGGCAGUAAAGCCAUCAAUGAAAUCUACGGGACAGCUUGGACUUUACUGAUGGUCAUAGGCUCCAUUAUCAUUGUGAUCUACUGCUACAUACGGACAUUUGUUGUCUGCCUGAAGAUCUCUACGGAAGCCUCCCAGAAAGCCAUCCAAACACUGGUGACCCACAUAAUCACAUACUCUACUUUCAUGGUAGCUACUUUAUUUGUUGGUUACAGAUAUAGGUUUAAUAAUGGUUCCCUAUCUACUGUGACGCACCUUAUAAUCUCAGUAAGUGGUCUGCUGGUGUCUAUCACCCUCAAUCCUCUAAUCUAUGGGAUAAGGACAGAAGCUUUAAGGAAGAAGAUGAUUUUUACUUUAAAGGAAAUCUUUCAUAAGCAGACGUUGGGAGAAUAG